AUGCGCUUGACAUCCUUCACAGUUGCGGGUAUCGUUGCCAAUGCGGCUGCCGCUCCCGCGCUGUCAUCGUAAGUCAACAUUUAUCUUCAAUUGAGUCCAAGAUCUAACUUGAACCAGUGUUGAUUGCGCUGCUGCUCCCAGCAUCACCACGAUCUACUUGUCGUCGGAGCCAUCAACCAUCACCGUACAUGACGCGCCAACCAACACGGUCUAUGUAUCUGGUGCUCAACAGCCGGCCUCAGAGUACCAUGCCCAUCAACCUUCUUCAUAUAUUGCAAGCUCAGAGGAUGUCAUCUCCUAUCAGACUGAUGCUGUGACCUUGACGGUCGAGCCCGUUCCUCACACCUCUACAGACCCCCAAGGACAUACAGUUGUGUCUUCAGGAGAAACCACAAUCUAUAUCACGCAACAUGUUACAGUCACUGGUACCCUUUCUGCUCUAGGCUCUGCACUCUCCACUGCAACUGCUCCAAGCUUUGCCUUGACUGCACCUGGAGGAUGGAACGGAACCGCUGGACCCUAUCACUCUGGGCCUACCGCAUCAUCUGGUGCUCAAUCUAACUAUACCUUCACGGCGAAACUAGCCACUCCAACUAGCUUCGCUGCCCAGGAUGGAUUUGGUGGUGUCUCAGUUGAUCCUAGCAUUGUGACAAGCCAGCCGACUAUUGAUGUCUACUCCAGUGUUCCAGUCGUUCCGUUGCCUACAAUGGCUGCCCAGUCCGGCUUCAAUGCACUUACAACUUCAACUUCACUCUACUCGAAUACCUCCUUUACUGAUCCUCAAGCAACUACUUCGUACAGUCUCCACUAUUACUCGACCCUCUCGUCAGAACCGGUUUCUGCCACGUCAAAACCAUCGCUGACCUUGCCUCUGUUAAACUCCACUACUGCGUUGCCAAGCAGUAGCUCCUUCGUCACCAGUGUCUCGAGCUCCGGAACAGCCAGUCAUGCCAACUCGACGGCGACAGUGUCUGGCUCAAACUACUCGAACUCCACCACUGUGGCACCUACGAUCAUUCCCACUUCUAGUGCACAGCCAACAGCUCAAAGCUCGACUUCUGUAACUUCUCUCAAUCAAAGUUCUACGUCGGCAUCCUCUACUCCCUCCACAUUAGCCACUGCCUGCGGUGAGAUUGGGGACUUCGGUCUGAACGUGAGUCGAAAUCCUUCGUAUUUUAUACCCAGUACUGAUAACAUCUAGUUCGACGAUAUCCCACCUCUUUCGGUGGGAGAUCAAGACCCAAAUACAGUGACUCCACAACCUGUAUUCAGUCCUUAUCACCAAUUCGACUGGUCCAAUGGAUUUGAGGUUGUCCCGCCUCCAACUGACCCUUAUCUUCCGUCUUCUCCACCACAGCUCACAAUGUUUGUACCAAACUUCACUCUCAAUUUUUCAAAUCCUAGCACGGGUCCAAAUGCCGCUGAUAUGGGAUUCGCCGGUGAUAUUGCGAAUGGUGAUCAUGAUCGAACUGGAUGUUUCAGAUUCAAUUUCUACGGAGCUUCCGUCGGUUGCGACUCUCGAGGUCCUGACUGUGUUUUCAAGUUUACUGGCCUUCGCUACGAUUCCGUCACAGGGGCGAAUAAACAAGUAGCACAGGGGAUUUCAAGAGUUCCUGCCUGUCCAGCUCUAGAAAAUUGUUCAUUGGUUCCAAUUACCCUCAGCCGUGCAUUCAAGGAUCUUACUGUCAUCCGUGUUAGCCUUACCGUUGGCGGUCAACCUAAAAUCUGGUUUAUGGAUGAUCUUCGUAUGGGCUGGUCCGAUAAUUCCUGUGCGACUGGAGUCUGCCGUCGGGAUGCUCAUCUUCGCAAGCGUCAGCUUUCUAAAGAAUGA